AUGGAAGAAGAAAAUCCUAGUCCACCGCCCACGGGAUCCGAAUCGUCACAACCGUCGUCACCACUGAGGGCAGAUUUCGAUACUAAAAUUCAUUUGACCUACUCUACAGACGAUGAUAAGAUUGAAGAAGAAGUCCUAUUCGGUCACCGAACAGUCCUCUCAACCUUCUCGCCAAUCCUUCGCCAGCUCAUCGACGAUGCCACGUCAUCAUCCUCGCCCACAUCUUCGUCUUCCACGUCAUCAGAAUCUUCUUCAGAUGAAUGUUUCACCUCGAUCAAACUCGAUCUUUCGAUAUUCCCCAAUGCUCUAUGCGCCUUUAAAGUCAUUCUCGACGCCAUGUAUUCUGGUGAUAUCAAAAUGGCGGGUAUCGUCCAACCGAACGAGAUUCUCGCUAUCUGUCAAUUCUGUCAAAUAUCAUUUCUGGACCAGAAGAUUAUCUCUCUAGCAUCUGCCACACCUCCAAUGACGCUUGCAAGUGCGCUCCAAUGCUCCAACCCAUUUCUACAGUAUACCUCAGCACCUCCAAAUUAUCUAUCCACAAUGCUAAAUCUAUGGACCAACCCGUUUUUCGGUGCACUCUUUGGCUCACAAGGGUUGGCUUUUUCACCGCCGUCCGAAAGCAGGACACAAUCAGAAGGCAGCUCUCCGCGUGCUAAUUCAUCGUCCACUCCACCUACUACAGAUUUGGAGAAAAUCGUUCCAAAUGAUGAUAAAGAGGGAUGGUGUCGAAAUAAAAAGUACAUUGAGAAGGUGGAUGGAGGAUUCAUGUGUACCGUAUGCCGAAAAAUCUACGGACGGUACAAUUCGGUAUCCUACCACGUCACGAUAUAUCACCGUAAUCCACCGAUCAAGUGUGAGGAGAAUGGGUGCAAUUUUAGCACUCGGGAAGCAAGAUACAUCCAUUUUCAUAAGUAUUACCGUCAUCAUAUUCCUCUGCCAGAGAAUAUUGAUUUGGGAUCCAGAAAGUGUCCAUUCUGUAGACACGUCUCGAAAAGUCCAGCAAUGUUGGAGAAGCAUAUUGCACGGCAUGAAACCGAAGGACCCGCCGGCUCGCCAGUUGGAGCAUUGAAGAGAGCACAGAGCAAAAAGAAAAUCAUCGUUCCAACGAUGGCUUCUGACGUCAUCCCCGCAGCCACCACUUCCUCGAUUUUCGGUCCUUCGGCGGCAAAUUCAAAUAUUCCAAUUCAAUGUUCUCUGUGCACAUUCUCCACCAACUCCACAGACCUUCUAUUCAUCCAUUUGGCAAUGCAGCACACACAGGAACUUGCUCAAUGCUCUGGAAUGUUGGCGGACAACUCAUCUGAAACCUCUACCAGCACAUCGAGCAGUAGUGAUGGGGAACCAAUGAUAACUGAUAUUGACUUAGAUAUUAAGCCAUUGAUUGAUCAGUCGCUGAUGCUCCACUUGAAUACACCUCUAUCCAACUGA